AUGGAGACGGAGAUUCCUCGUAAGUCAACGGAGAUCUCAGAGACAUUGUUACCGGAAAACUCUGCGACGAAUCUAGGGAUUCUGUUCUGUAUCAUCACCCAUAAGCUCAAUCUGACAAUCGGAAUCAUUCCUUCGCUGGUUGUAGCUGCUGGUCUUCUCGGCUUCUUCUUCGUCAAGUCGUGGACUGGUUUGUUGUCGAAGUUAGGGUUUAGCGUUAAGCCCUUAACUAAGCAAGAGAACACUGUUAUUCAGACUUGCGUUGUUGCUUGCUACGGCCUCGCUUAUAGUGGAGGAUUUGGUUCGUAUUUGAUUGCAAUGGAUGAGAAGACAUACAAGCUCAUUGGUGCUGAUUAUCCUGGAAACAAUCCGGAAGAUGUUAUAAAUCCUGGACUGUGGUGGAUGAUUGGGUUUUUAUUUGUAGUCAGCUUCCUCGGUCUCUUCACUCAUUACUACACCCGUUACGGUCACUCAUGA